AUGCGUAUCGUGAUAUUAGGUAACAACAAAAUAGGAUUCAUUGAAGGCACCUGUAAGAAGGAAGAUUACGGUACGAAUUUGACAGAUAUGUGGGAGAGAUGCAAUGUGAUUGUUCUCUCGUGGAUAAUGAACUGUGUAUCGAGUGAUUUGCUGAGUGGAAUCGUGUAUUCUUCGAAUGCAUGUACUAUUUGGAAGGACUUAAAGGAGAGAUUUGAUAAGGUCAAUGGAUGUGGAAUCCUCCAGUUACACAGAGCUAUAGCCACUGCAAAUCAAGGAACAAGCUCAAUUGCAAUUUAUUUCUUAAAGUUACGUGAACUUUGGGUUGAAUUUGACUGUUUGGAACCAACUCUUGGUUGUGAUUGUCCAAAGUCAAGUGAAUAUGAGGUUUUUAUGUGUAGGCAGAAGUUAUUGCAGUUCCUCAUGGGACUCAAUCAGGCAUAUGAACAAGCACCAGAACAGUACAACCAGAUACUUAGGCUGCUCAAUAAGGAGAAUAUGCCAGAAGCCUCAGCUAAUAUGGCAGGUAGUAUUAAUGCCUUCUUUGUUGAUGGUAAUAAUCAUGAGUGGAUUAUAGAAACUGGGGCUACAAACUACAUGACUUCUAAUUUGGACAUACUAAAAAACAAAUUGGAAGUUGCUGGAAUACAUUCAAAGAAAGUACAUUUGCCUAAUAGAGAGGUAUCAAAUGUGACUCAUAUGGAAUCAUGUAAUAUAGAAAAUGCAGGAAGAAUUGAUAAUGUGUUAUACUUACCUAAGUUCAAGUAUAAUUUAUUGUCAGUGUCUAAGAUCAUAAAGGAGUUAAGUUGUUGUGCAACUUUUUACCCUGACUUCUAUCUACUUCAAGACCUUUGCAGUGGGAAGGUGAAGGUGAUUGGUAAAAAAAUGAGAGGCCUUUACCUAUUACCACAAAUUACUGCUAGGAAUAAUAAAGGGAUACUUCAAGGUUUGGUUGCAAAGAAGGCAGAUUUAGACAUUGGACUCUCGCAUAGAAGGCUUGGACAUGCUUCAACAUGA